AUUGAGGAUCUGAAGAUAAAACUACAAGACCUGAAGGGCAAGUUCAGGAAGCCCGUCCUGAAGAAAGUCCGCAUGUCUGCUGAUGCUAUGCUACAGGCUCUGCUGGGCUCCAAACACAAGGUGUCCAUGGAUCUGAGGUCCAACCUGAAGCAAGUCAAGAAAGAGGUCAAGGAAGAGGUGAAAGAUGCAGCUGACUGGCGUAAGAACAUAGAGGACAAGGCUGGCAUGGACGGUAGAAAGAAGAUGUUUGAGUCCGACCCUUAAGACCCUUUAACAAGACCCCUAAUAUGUGUAUUUGUGUUCAUAUGUCUCCUCUGAUAACAUCCUCCAUUUUAAUCUACAUUCUCCUCCUGUCAUUCCUGUUUACACGACUCUGUCUAAUAAAAGAAAAUACUUCA